AUGCAUUUUCUUACACAAAAAGAAACAAGAUUUUCUAUGGAACUUUUUGAAAAAAUUAAAAGUCCUUUUUUUUUUGAAAAAAAAUUAAUAUUUUUUGGAAUAAAUAAAAUCUUACUUAGAAACAAUAAAUUCUUUUCCUGUUCUACACGUUAUCAGGACUAUAUCGUUAGAAGGACACGUUUUGGAAGUCUUCCUGUUUAUUUGGAUAUUAAAGGUGGAGGAACUAAAUUUCAAACAAUCAUUCGAAGAGUAGAAGGAGAUGUUUAUGAACUAUGUAAAAAACUUGAAAAAGACCUUAAACUAAAAGAAAAAGAAGCGUUCGUUAACCAUUUAACAAGACACAUAAUUAUAAAAGGCUCGAAAGUAAGACAAGUGAAAGAUAUACUCUCCAAAGAUGGAUUUUGA